UCCUACAGAGCUUCCGUAGCCGUCAUGGCGUUCCUGGUAGAAGUUGUGUUUGCGGUUUUAAUUUUAUGCUUGUUAAUUAUUAUCCGGUUAUAUAUAGUUGUGAAGACUGGAUCAAAAUAUCAACCUGGAGCUAAAGGCCCGGUCGCUGUUCUUGUCGUUGCGGGAUCAGGCGGUCACACCUCAGAGAUCCUGCGGCUGAUGGAGGGCCUUUCUGCAGGGUACAGGCCUCGGCACUAUGUUAUCGCAGACACUGACAGGAUGAGUGAGGAGAAAAUCUGCACCUUUGAAAGCUCUAAACAACACUCAGACUCUGAGUCGCAGUUCACCAUCUGCCGGAUCCCACGGAGCCGAGAGGUGCAUCAGUCUUGGAGUUCCUCUGUUAUCAGCACCCUGAACGCCCUGCGCUACUCCCUUCCUCUGGUGUUCAGACUCAGACCUGACAUGGUGCUGUGUAACGGCCCUGGGACCUGCGUUCCCCUGUGUGUGGCAGGACUACUGCUUGGAAUUCUGGGAAUGAAGAAAGUCCUGAUAGUUUAUGUUGAAAGCAUUUGCCGGGUGCAGACGCUGUCACUCACGGGGAAGAUCCUGUACCCCAUAUCGGACUAUUUCUUUGUACAGUGGUCCCCUCUGAGGGACAAAUACCCCAAGUCCAUUUUCCUUGGAAGGAUAGUGUGAAAAUGUCUGUUACCUAAAUACACAAAUGUAAGAUCAAAUAUGUUGUAAUGCUCAUGGAUAAAUACUAUUUUUUAUUGUUGAA